UUUUUGUAUCUAGUGUUUUGUGAAUUUUGUAUAUUUGGGUGCGUACAUUAGGCGCAAGCCCCAUAAAGUUACGUGAAACACCGUGUAUAUGGACUAUGUCAAAACCAUAGUCAACUGUUAAAACAACAAAAUAAUUCCCUUUUAUUAUUUUAACCACACUACUGCUUUUGGAGAAGUUACCUUACCGACAGAGAAAUGAGUCACGUGACUUUUUAAAUUCAAAUUCAAAAUGGCCCCCCAUGGAAGAUGUUGUGAGGGAGACCACCAGCACCGCGAAACCCCCGAAAUGGGGGUGGAAUACAGCCUUUACACCAAAAUCGAUAAAAACAAUCUCGAGUGUCUCAACGAAGCUAGUGAAGGGACGGGUAAGACCGUUUUCAAACCGUGGGAAGAGAGACUCAACUUCGAAAUCUUUGUGGAAUCGGACGCUGAUGAAGAAUUACUUUUCAAUAUCCCCUUUACGGGCAACGUAAAACUUAAAGGAAUCAUAAUAAUCGGUGAGGACGCUGAUACACACCCGAAUAAAGUCAGGAUGUUUAAAAAUAGGCCAGGAAUGACUUUCGAUGACGUGAAUGCAGUGCCCGAUCAGGAGUUUCAGUUGCAUAUUGAUAAUUCGGGCCUGUUGGAGUAUGCAACAAAGGUUGUUACCUUUAAUAGCGUACAUCACUUAACCCUACAUUUUCCAAGUAAUUUCGGAGCUGAAACGACUAGGAUUUACUAUAUUGGCUUGAGAGGGGAGUACAGUGAAGCUCACCAUCACGGAGUCACUAUUUGUACUUAUGAAUCUAGACCCAACAUUGCCGACCAUGAAAAACUUAAAGAUAAUGUUACUCACCGUGUACAGUGAUUUUCCAAGUCUGUUCAAUUGUGAUACUUUCGCUAUUAAUAAAACUAAUUUAUUGCAGUAAUUUCAAUUUUUUUUUCAGUAACUAAAACCCAGUCUUAAAGACUGUUGGGAUCUCUGUUAUUAACAACAUAUUCUUACAGUAUUCUGUAUUAAAAUAACAAUUGACUUUUAUACAAAUGAAUAAACAUUACACCUAC